AUGGGUUCCCAUGUCGAUGCCGACCCCACCCAGGCGGUUGACGGGCUUGUCCGGGCCAUCCGCGACCUGACGUCCGACCCCAACUACAAGUUGGUGGCCGACGUCUUCAGCGAGUUCCUGUACGUCAAGGAGCAGAACAACAAGCUCUCGAGCUCGCAUCAGGUGGUCUUGGAGGAGUACCGCAAGUUCCGAAAUGAGCUCGAAAAGCAGAAGGAAGAGCUCGAGAACGAGAAGAAGGAGAUGGAGCUCGUGGUGCAGGAGAAGGUGCAGGAGAUCAUGCAGCUCAGCGCCGUCAGGACGCGGUUAGAGAGCGACCUCGAAGACACGCAAAGGACGCUCGAGGACAAGAUCAACGAGGCAGCCGAGGCGGCGGCGACGGCUGCUAAGGAAUAUGCAGACCUCCAAGAAGCCACGGCCAAGGCAUACGCCGAGCUCGAGGAGAAGACGGCCAAGGAGUACGCCGACUUGCAGGAGAAGACGUCCAAGGAGUACGCCGACUUGCAGGAGAAGACGGCCAAGGAGUACGCCGACCUGGAGGAAAAGACGGCCAAGGAGUAUGCGGAUCUCGAAGCGGCAAAGGCUGCGGUGGAGGAGGAGAAGCGACUUGGCGAGGAGGCGGCGGCCGCCGCCGCCGCCCAGGCCGCCGACGAGAUUGCGGCGCUCACCGCGGCCAAGACCAACCUCGAGGAGAUCAAGGCCAACAACGAGGCCGAGAUCGAGUCGCUCAAACAGAACGUGGCCGACCUGGAGGCGGCGAAGGCGGAGCUCGAGCAGAUCAAGGCUGACAACGAAGCCGAGAUUGCGUCCUUGAAGGAGACGAUCGCGAAUCUGGAGGAGGACAAGCGGAAGCUCGAGGAGGAGCUCGAGGCGGCGAGGCAGGAGAUCGCGUCGCUCAACGACACCAUCGCCCAGAAGAACAACGAGAUCGAGAGUCUGCAGGAAUCACUGCGUGCGGCCGAGGAGCAGAUCGCCUCCCUGCAGCAGACGGUCGAGGAGAAGAACGCCGAGAUCGAGGAUCUGCACGGCAAGCUCACGGCCGAGGGCGCGCGGGCCGACAAGGCGGAGGCACACGGCCGGGACCUGCAGGCGCGGCUGGACGAGACGACGCAGGACCUCCAGAUAACCAGAGGCAAGCUCAGCGACCUCGAGCAGUACCGCAUCGUCCUGAAGAGCGACAACGAUGACACCUACGUCACGGUACUCGACAAAAUCUGGACGACAAUCGUGACCCUGGUGGAGAGCACGUUCCGGCCCGACAUUGACGAGCAGACGCUGGCGGACCCGUCGUGCUGGAGCAACCUGCGCAACUCGCCGUACCUCAAGCACGCGACGCAGCUGCAGAUCCCGCUCCCGCAGUCCAACACGCCGGCGGCCAAGGGGAUGCGCAUCAGCGCGGUGCUGGCGGUGCUGUCGCGGGCGAUGCACAAGCACCUCUUCCGGCCCGUGUACCUGCUGGACGACGACGACGAGAACCUGGUCAAGUUCCUCCGGGCGCUGGAGGACGAGGACCCGACGCGGGAGGCGCACGUGCGGGCCACGCUGCUGUCCAUGAUGCCGGACCGGCAGGCGGAGCAGGGGGCGCGGCGGGUCAAGAUGGUGGUGCGCGAGGUGUCGUGGCUGGUGCAGCACCUGCUCACGGCGCUGCAGUUCGAGGCCUUCUGCACCGGGCUCGAGGCCGCCUGCAGGGUCGCGUGCGAGCAGUGGAGGCGCAUCCAGCUCGCCAACGUCAAGAUCGAGCCCUACUUCGGGCCCCCCUACGACGACUUCGACUGGCAGGUGCUGGAGCUGCCCGAGUUCGCCGAGGCGGCCGAGCGCGACGCCGGCAUCCCCCACACGCGCGACGACGGGGACGAUGCCAUCGCCGACGACCGGCUCGAGACGGUCGAGAUGGUCGGCGGCGCCGCCGACGCGGCGGACAACCACAGCUUCCGCGACAGCGCCGGCGCCGGCGCCACCGCCUCGUCCCUGCACGGCCCGGACGACGAGAUGCUGGACGGCGACGUCGACCCGGACGAGAUCCUGCUCGUCGUCUGGCCCAGCAUGUGCGCCGUCGAGGGCGGCGAGCUCAUGUCCAUCACGCAGGGCCUCGUCAUCUCCAAGGAGCAGGCCCGGCCGGCCCUCGAGGAGCAGCGGUCGCGGUCCCGCAUCAUCCCGCGGCCCGGCUCGCGGCGCGCCCGCACCAUGUCGAUGCCCGGCCAGAGCAGGGGCAACAGCCCCGCGCGCGGCAGCAGGUCGCACUUCCUCGCGCAGUCGCAGACGGCGUCCGAGCUCAUGGACGGCGCCGACAAUGUCUGA